GAGCAGAGGUCGCGUUGCCGGUUCGCAUAUCUGUUCGCCGAUUCCGCGUGUUUAGAAAUAAAAUAAAAAUUUCCCGCGUUAUUUAAGUGAAUAAGUUUAGUAAUACUAUCCGAAUAUUUUAAACUCGAUCGAAAUAUAGUUUUGUUUUUUGUUGUGUUUUUUUUUUGUGUUUUUGUUUUUGCGUCAAAAUGCCGAUCGACGCGUGAAGAAAUAAGGAUUAGGUUUUUUACGGUCACACAACCACCAGCCCCAGUUGAAAUGCAGGCACGACGGAAUCUUCUUUGGAAUCUCCUCAUAGACCUUCCGAUUUUGUUACUAGUGGCAGCAGUAUGCAUACUUCUGGAGGUGGGAGCGCUGCCGAGUCGGCAAAGUGGAUUCCGAUGCAACGAUCCAGAUCUCUCUUUCCCUCACACGGGAGAUACAAUGUCCAUCUCGCUCGUUGCAGCUGUGACCGUCAUAGUGCCUUUUCUUAUUAUGUGGGCAGUUGAAGCUGCAUUACACAGAGUCGAUGAGUACACGCUUAAGAAGAGCAAGCUGAAUGAGAGUGCUCAAAUUGCGGCUCUAAUUUACCGCGACUACAUAUACGGGGCAAUAGUGAAUUUGACUAUUAUGGAAAUAGUGAAAUGCGUAGUGGGCUCACCUAGACCCACCUUCUUUGAUCUGUGUGAGCCGGAUAAGGCUAGCACUUGUAAUGACUCGGAGUAUGUGACGAGUUACACCUGCACAUCGACGAGGUACUCCCGGUACCUGCAGAUAGAUGCCAGCAGAAGCUUCCCUUCAGCUCACACAUCCCUCGCCGUGUACUGCGGCUUAUUUUUAGCGUGGUAUCUCCAGCGGCGAGCAUUCAGCUGGCAUAACCGGUCUGUCCUCAUAGUUCCCCUAGUUCAGAUCCUAUGCAUCAUUUACGCGGUUAUUUGCCCUCUUACGAGGAUUACCGACCGAAGACACCAUUGGUGGGACGUACUUGCUGGUGCUAUUAUGGGUUUCUGCAGUGUUUUGUAUACUGUGCUCGUGCUAUGCAAGAACUUCUCCCAACCGGCAGUGGUGAGUACCAGCGACAUAUCAAGCAGUGACGGAAACAACCACCAAGCUGUCCGGCGGCUUUUGUCCCACGAGCCUAGAGUGGUAGUGCCGUAACCAGAGGCUGUGUAAAGCCUGUGGGCUUUUGACUCUGGAACUUUGUGUAUGUGUGCAUAAUGUGUGUGAGAAAUAGCGUCAAUAUUACAAACUUCACAUUUAAGUUGUAUUAUUGCAAAUAAGUAAAUCUAGUACGGACUUUGCUCAUUGAAGGAAUUGAACAUAUGUCCAUAUAUAUGUAAAAUAGACUUGCUUAUAAAAACUGAAGUGGUAAUUGCACGCUUAAAUAUAUCGUUACUUUGUUGAAAAUUAAUGUGUGAUGUAAAGAGACAAUGAGUUUGUUUUAAUACGUUGCACCGUAUUAAAACAAAAUCUGAUGUUAGACUUUUUUAUUACUGACUAGUUUAAUAUUUUAAUUAAAACAUGUUUAAUAUCUUGUGAAUUGCUAUAUAUAGCCUUUAAACAUGAUAGUAUUGACAUAUAUUUAUAUUAUGUAAAAUAAUGAUGUUAUAUGCAAAGUCCUAUCAAAAUGUACAUACAUCUGAAACACCAACAUGUAUUUUUAUUUAGAUUUGUCGUAUGGUCCAUACCAACAGGUAUGUCCCGUCAUUAUGCGUUCAGAGAGUUCAAUUGUCAUUUCUUACGUAAUUACAGUGUUAUAAUAAAAUAAGUCUUAUUGCUCGAAGCUUGAUAAAGGUAGCUUUUAGUCGACAAUAACAAUUAGUUAAAAUAAGUAUAUAGUCGUAAUUGUAUAAAUUGGCAAUUUAAGAUCUUAUAUAAAAACAGUUGUAAAUAUAUCUUUA